UCAGCGCAUUGACAUAUUUGUAUUCUUUCGCAGAGCGUUUAUUUUGUCAAAUACAAUUCAACCGUGACUCAGUCGGUCACUUAGGAGAGCGGACGGAUGCUAAUUGCCACUUUUUUUGUUCUAUCAUUACGUAAAAAGAAACCCAUUUGGCCUUCAGUAACAGUGCCUGAGUGAAUGGAGUGAACGGAGGACUAUAUUUGAAUAUCCCGCUGUGCCAGGCCAGUCCUCCGAGCUCCAACGAGGCGGAGAAUGAGAUUCACAACCAGCUCUCUCCCGUCCAGCACAGGCAGCCUCGGCGAGCUCUGCUGGUACUGCUCACUGAAGCCAACUAGCGCUGGAACAACGUAUAAAAGCAACUUCGGAAUACUAUACAGCUUUCAUUAACACUAGGAGCCGAUACAGAACAACAGUGUCGCCGAGUCUAGCAUUUAAUCCAGUUUACCCCCGCUUUUUUCCCCUCUGGAGAUGCGUCGCUUGGAGAACUAUUAGCGGACAGCGCUGCACAUCGAAGCCGGGAUGAGUGGGAGCUCCGCGGUGUCCGGCGCGGCGCCCUGCCGCUUCGCCCAUUACUUUGCUGUUUGUGGGAUAGACACGGAAACUGGACUGGAACCGGACGAACUAGCAGCUUUGUACCAAUGGCUAGAAGCAGACCGCCAAGGCAGGGAUCCAGAUACUGCAGCCACAGGCGAAAACUUUGAGCAGAGCCCCCUGAAGAGGACGUUCAAGUCCAAAGUUUUGGCCCGCUACCCUCAGAACGUGGAGUGGAAUCCCUUCGAUCAGGAUGCUGUCAACAUGCUGUGUAUGCCUAAAGGCCUGUCGUUCAGGACCCAGGCGGACCAGCGUGAGCCACAGUUCCACUCCUUCAUCAUCACGAGGGAAGAUGGCUCUCGGACCUACGGCUUCGUUCACACCUUCUACGAGGAGGUGACCAGCCCACAGAUCUGCUCUGCCAUGCACACCCUCUACCAGAUGCACAACGCGGAGAGCACCCCUUCAUCCUCCUCCUCCUCCUCCUCCAGCAUGGACUCCCUCGCCAGCAGUUUAGACGAGGCCGACUCCCCCGCCGCCUCAGCCUCCUCCUCUCGCCGGGCGGGUGGCUACGACUCGUCGCGGGACACCCUCUACGUGUCCAAGGCCUUGUGUCUGAUCGCGCCCAUGCCUUUCAUGCAUGCCUGCCGGCGCUUCCUGUCUCAGCUGCACAGGGCCGUCACCGCAGACACCGCCCCCCCGCUGCCGCUGGAGAGCUACGUUCACAACAUCCUGUACGAGGUGCCGCUGCCUGCUCCGGGACGCUCGCUCAAGUUCCAUGGCGUGUACGAGCCCAUCGUGUGCCAGAGGCCCGGGCUGGCGGAGCUGCAGCUGGCCGACUUCCCGCUCGCAGAGGCCUUCACUCUGCUCGGAGCGGAGAACCUGGUCCAGGUGUUCACCUGCACCCUGCUGGAGAUGCAGAUCCUUCUCUACUCACACGACUACCAGCGAUUGAUGACAGUGGCCGAGGGCAUCACCACCCUGCUGUUUCCCUUCCAGUGGCAGCAUGUCUACGUUCCCAUCCUGCCGGCCUCUCUCCUUCACUUCCUGGAUGCUCCUGUUCCCUACCUGAUGGGCCUGCAGUCAAAAGAGGGCACAGACCGCUCCAAACUGGAGCUUCCUCAGGAGGCCAACCUGUGUUUUGUAGACAUUGACAACCACUACAUCGAGCUUCCGGAGGACUUUCCACAGUUCCCCAAUAAGACCGAGUUAAUCCAGGAGCUCAGCGAGGUGCUGCUGAGCUUUGGCCUUUCUGCCAACACCGGGGCCCCACCACGGACCCGCACCAGUCCCAGCAGCGCUCCCGGCAGCACCCCGUCCACCCCUGGCAGGGAGCGUAAGACUGUGGCUCUCCGGCAGCUGGAGGACGACGGGCGCAACGGAAACCUCGCGGUGGAGGAGCUGGCUGUGCUGGAGCUGCUGCAGGGAAACCCCACCCUGGAAAGACUGCAAGCGCUGACCAAACGCACCGGGGUGACGGUGGCCCGCGUGGACGCCCUGAGGGCCGGAGUCAAAACUCAGAGCACAGAGGGGCAAGGAGGCCGGACGGCAGCUGAAGAGGAGGAGCUUAGGAACGCCAAGCUGAACGUCCAGCUGAGGGAGGUGUUCGCCAGCCGCUUUACCACCAUGUUUGCCGACUACGAAGCCUUUGUCAUCCAGAGUGCCCCGGACCUGGAGUCCUGGCUCACCAACAGGGAGCAGAUGCACAACUUUGACAAGGCCUCGUUCCUGUCGGACCAGCCAGAGCCCUACCUGCCCUUCCUCUCCCACUUCAUCGAGACACAGAUGUUUGCCACCUUCAUCGACAACAAGAUCAUGUCCCAGUGGGAGGAGAAGGAGCCGCUGCUCCGCGUCUUCGACACGCGCAUCGACAAGGCCCGCCUCUACAACGUCCGCGCGCCCAGCCACCGAUCCUCCAGCUACCAGAGGUGCUCCAUCCUCAAGGAGUCUGCUCAGGCCAUUGAGCAGCGACUGAUGAAGAUCGACCACACCGCCAUCCACCCCCACCUGCUGGACAUGAAGAUCGGUCAGGGCAAAUACGCGCAGGGAUUCUUCCCCAAACUGCAGGCUGACGUGCUCAACGCCGGGCCGACCAAUAACAAGUGGUCUCAUAGGACGGCGACAGCUCAACGAAGGAAGGACCGUCACAGACAACAAACGGAGCAUCUGGCCCUCGAUAACGACCUGAAAGAGAAAUACAUGCAGGAGGCUCGCAGCCUUGGGAAGAACCUUCGACAGCCCAAACUGUCUGAUCUGUCUCCCGCCGUCAUCGCCCAGACCAACUGGAAGUUUGUGGAGGGGCUACUCAAGGAGUGUCGCAUGAAGACAAAGCGUAUGCUGGUGGAGAAGAUGGGCCGGGAGGCGGUGGAGCUGGGCCACGGUGAGCCCAACAUCACUGGACUGGAGGAGAACACUCUGAUCGCCAGCCUGUGUGACCUGCUGGAGAGGAUCUGGAGCCAUGGGCUGCAGGUCAAACAGGGAAAGUCGGCCCUGUGGUCCCACCUGCUGCACUACCAGGCCCGAGAGGAGAAGCUGGAGCAGCAGCAGGCAGAGUCGCCAGUGUCACAAGUUCCUGAGAGGAGGAAGUCUGACGGUUUCUUAGCGAUGCCGACUCUACGUGUGUCUCUCAUACAGGAUAUGAGGCACAUCCAGAGUAUGUCCGAGAUAAAGACCGAUGUGGGACGAGCGAGGGCCUGGAUCCGUCUGUCCCUCGAGAAGAAGCUGCUCUCUCAACACCUCAAACAGCUGCUGUCUCGACAAGCCUUAACCAAGAAGCUGUACAAGCGCUACGCCUUCCUGCGCUGUGAGGAGGAAAAGGAGCAGUUCCUCUUCCACCUGCUGUCUCUCAACGCCGUCGACUACUUCUGCUUCACCAGCGUCUUCACCACCAUCAUGAUCCCGUAUCGAGUCGUCAUUAUUCCCAUCAAGAAGCUGAGCAACGCCAUGACCACCUCCAACCCCUGGGUGUGUGUGUCAGGAGAGCUGGGAGACUCGGGCAUCAUGCAGAUCCCCAAGAAUGUCCUGGAGAUGACCUUUGAUUGUCAGAACCUGGGGAAGCUGACCACGGUGCAGCUGGGUCAUGAUAACGCUGGCCUCCUGGCUAAAUGGCUGGUGGACUGUGUGAUGGUGCGCAAUGAGAUCACAGGACACACCUACAGGUUCCCAUGUGGCCGGUGGCUCGGUAAGGGCGUGGACGACGGCAGCUUGGAGAGGGUCCUGAUUGGUGAGCUGGUGGUGCCCAGCGGAGAGGAGGAUUGCCGUACACCCCCGCUGCAGCGCUCGCCAUCCCAGACCAGACGCAUCAGCAUCACGUCACUGUCUGGAAGAGGAUACAAACCGACUUCAGCCCAAAUCCAAGAGGCCAUUGGGGAGUCUGUGAACAACAUCAUCAAACACUUCCACAAGCCAGAGAAAGAGAGAGGCAGCCUGACUGUCCUGCUGUGUGGAGAGAACAGUUUGGUGGCAGCUCUCGAACAGUUCUUCCAUCAUGGCUUCAAGUCCGCCCGGCUCUUCCAGAAGACUGUGUUUGUGUGGGACUUUGUGGAGAAGGCUGUUGCCUACAUGGAGUCAGCAGACCAGAUGGGAGACCUUCAGGAGACUGCGGAGCCCCUGGGGAUGACCUGUCAAUCACUCUGCCACUACGUCAACUCCAUCAACUCCACCCCCAGGAACAUCGGCAAGGACGGGAAGUUCCAGCUGCUGGUCUGCCUCGGAGCCAGGGACCGCCUGCUGCCCCAGUGGCUCCCCCUGCUGGUGGAGUGCCCGCUGAUCUCGCGGAUGUACGAGGACACGGCCCUGCUCCGACACCGCUCCACUGUCAGCGCCCUCAUCGCAGUCCUGGAGACGAUCCAUGACUUCCCCAUCACACUGGAGGCCUCGCUGGUCAAAGGCAUCGACCUUUAGCCCCCGGAGGGACCACUCGGCAUUCUCCUCUAAAACUUCCCCCAUCCCUUCCACUUGAAGCCCAUUGGCUCUGGGGUUGGACACGUGACCAGGGAAGGAGGAAGUGAGAGUCGAGUGAUGAAAACUGAAGAGACGUUUGAUUACCAAAGCCACGCUUCGUGUGAGAAGGCGAGGCUUUGGUUCAGGAUGCAGUAUUAUUACCCCCAAAGAUCCUUUUUAAUUCAAUUACGACCAGUGCUUAAUUGUGUUUUAUUUCAUGAACUAUGCUGUAAAUCCCAAUUACUUGACAUUACAGUGUACACAUUUCUAGAACAUACUAUUCGGUUCAGGUUUAUUGCAUUAUCAGGCAGCCAUUGGUUUCACUACUGACUAACGUAAAGCUUGCUGUAAGCCAGCAUAUAGUUUAUAUAUUUCUUAGUGAGUUCAUGAAAAGACCCAAACCAACAAUGUGUUAGGCUCUCCAUCCUUACUGAUAGUACAUACUCUGGCUCUCAGCUCCAAGCCCAUUUCCUACCAAAGAUAUCCAUCUUUAAAAACAGCUUGCAAAUAUAUAAUUAAAGUAAUUUUUAUUUUUUUUAAAGCUCUGUAAUUUCUUAUAACAGCUUGUCACUGUAGUUUUAUCAAACAUGACUCAAACUAAAGGAAAUUAAUUCACA